UUCCUAUUGUCCAUUUCAUGGGCAAAAGCGCCUUCCUUCUGUCAAGACCAGUCACCCUGUGGAGAUAAAAAGGGACUGCAAUUUGUUUCAGAAACCAAACAAGGGAAACAAGAUGGAGUUUCUCAUGUAGUGAAUUUCUUGUUCUGUUUUUCGCAGAAGUUGAUAAUAGGAAACCAGCAGCCACCAACAGAGGAUUCAAUCAUCAGAAAACAUGUUGCUAAGGAGUUCUUCAACACCAGUAUUUGGUUCUCUCCUCCAUUCUUUUGCAGAAAGCCCUAAUAAUAACAACAAUCUUCACCAUGAAACCUCCCACAGCACCAUCAGGCAUCACUUCCCACCACCCACCACCGCCCUUCACCAAACCCACAAUAAGGUUUCCCUUCACCAAUCUGCUGGCUCUUUCCAUCUCUCUUGUAAUUCCUCUCCCAUCUCUCCCUCCUUCCCUGAAAUCUCCCAUUCUAGCAAUGGCAUCCGGCGAGCUCAAUCUGCAGGCAACCUUGAAGGGCUUCUCCAUGCUCCUUGUUCCUCCAGCAAUGAAGAAAACAGUAGCAGAAAUAACCCGCCAACCAAGUGCUUGAAGUUGGAGACAAUACGUUCUUUCGCAGUUAACAACUCAAGAUUUGGGUAUGAGGAAAAAGAAGACAAAGAAGGUGUCAAUGUAGGAUUUGAUGAAGAGACGGAAAAUGCUGGAAAGGUUGCAAGAGCACAAGGAGACAAGAUGAUGGGUAUUAAUGGUGGUGAAUUGGAUUUAGCAAACAAGGAUAAAUUGGUAUUGAGAGAGGAGAUUGAAAUGGUGAACAAAAGCUUGAACCUGGGUUUUGAGCAAGAAAUGGGUUUGGUUAGUCAAGGAUUGUUUCUAGCAAGAGGGCUUGGCAUUGAUGGUAAUGGCGGCGGUGGUGGUGGUCAUGGAGGUGGUGGUGGUGGUGGUGGGGAAUUUUUUUCAGCUGGUUCUGGUGGAGAUGGUGGAAAUAAUCAGAGCAUAGAAGAGUACUACAGGAGAAUGGUGAAGGAAAAUCCUGCUAACCCCUUAUUUUUGCGGAAUUAUGCUCAGUUUUUGUAUCAGUCUAAACAAGACCUUGAGGGCGCGAUGGAGUACUACUCUCGCGCAAUCCUACUAGAUCCAAAUGAUGGUGAAAUUUUAUCACAAUAUGCUAAGCUGGUAUGGAAACUACACCGUGACCUUGACAGAGCUUCUUUUUACUUUGAACGAGCAAUUCAGGCUUCUCCUCAAGAUAGCCAUGUUCAUGCUGCAUAUGCCAGUUUUCUCUGGGAAACGGAGGAAGAUGAGGACGAAUGCAAUGUCGAAAAUGCCCACGACCGUGUCUUGGCACAAGUCCACCAAGGGCCUGUAGCUUCUGCUAAUGCUUAAGACUACAGAAAGAAUUGCACUGGCCAAUAUGAUUAGCAGGCGUGUAGAACACAAGUGGUUUUUGUAAUAUUAAUUAACAGAAACAUGUGUAUGGAAAGGAAUAACAACCAUUCUGUUUGUACAUGAUGAUUGACAUCUGUUAAAUGAAGAUGCAGGGCACUUGGUUUUUGACAAUA